AUGACCAGCUGCCGCCACCAUUCCGGAUACUUGGCGGACGACGAGGCCGGCCACAGCACCUACGUGGGCCGGGUGCAGCCACCUAAGAAGUCACUGUUCCCGGAAAUGAAGCAAGCCUCCAAGUGGGGCCACACGCCACACCCCCCGUCGUCGCACGGCCCCUCAGGCAGUUCAGGGCUCCGCAGCCACCGCCGAAACCCCAAGGGCCCUCGACCCUUUAGGAGCUUCCUGGAUUUCCUUGUCGAGCGUCAGGUGCUGGACAGCCUGCAGACAGUGGUGGAGGAGGCAACUGAACGCAUGGCCACCGUGAAGACAGAGGCCGGGGUGCCGCUGGUGGAGGUGCAGGACCCGAUGGAGGUGCCGAGGGGCGGGCGGCGGGCGCAGGCCAGGCCCAGCCUCAGGGCUGUGCACCGGCACCGCGCCCGGCCCAGCCUCUGCGUAGGGCGCCCCGACAAUUACCCGUCCUGCUCCAGCUCCAUGUCCGACUCACACAGCAGCUUCAUGGCCGGCUGGUGGGGCUCCCACGGCCACGAGAGGGACCCGCGUGCCCGCGGCUUGGGCCCAUUGCCACCCAUGAAGGACAGACUCCUGCUGGAGAGGAGCCUCCAACGGCUGCUGCAGCUGGAGAACAGAGGGAAAGGCCUGGGGCGGUCCUGCCGUGGGGACUCCCUGCCGUGGGACUCCCUGGGCAGCCAGACCAGCAGCCAGUGGGCCCUAGAGCAGCCCCUGUCCUGGUUCUCAGGCCUGCUGGGCUCGCGCUCGGGCAUGGCCGAAGCAUCGGAGCCGGGGCCCGCAGAGCGCGAGCUCGUCUUCCUCAAGCGAGAGCUGACCGAGGAGAUGAAGUCCUUGCUGAGCCGGCCGGGGUCCUUUGACCCGCCCGGCUAUUCUGCGCUCCGAGAGCCCCGUCGGACCCUGGAUUUCCUGGCCGAGCACCACCUCUUCCCCGCCCUGCAGAGCGUGGUCAGCCAGGCCGUGCACAAGCUCUGUGGUGCGUGCCGCCGUGACGGCUGCCCUCUCUUCCCGACAGCAUGGGAGCCCGCCCCAGAGUCCAGCUCCAAGCCGGCCACACCCACGGAUGGGGGGGAGCCCUGUGACUCGCUGCCCACCACGCUCUCAGGCCCCAGGCUGGAGCACAGGAAGCGCAGCAAGCACAGGGGACGCGGCGAGGCCACGGAAGGCGGCUCCCCCGUGUCCAGCACCCACGUGGCCACCACGUUCCGGCUUGAGAGCCCCAGUUACAAGUUCACCAAGAAGAAGACGCUGCCCUCCAUCCUGUCCAAGUCCACCACCGUGUCCCACCUCUCCGACCCCUGGCACGAGGAGCUCGUUGACUACCUGAAGGACCGGGCCGUGUCCUUGCUCGUCUACAAGUACAGGUUUGAGAAGGGCCUCACCAGGCAGCUGGGCUUCAUCUCCUUCCCCGUCGCCGAGGCGCUCAUGGACCUCUCCCUGGGCUUCAAGACAGUGAAGGGCUCUCGCAUCCUCCUGUCCUCCACCGUCGACUGGAGCUGCCUGCUGCGCAGGCUGGAGGAGGCCAAGGUCAGCCAGCGGUCACCCCGGCGGGUGUCCCGGCACACCUCCCAGCACAGCAGCCCCCGGCGCAGCAUGGGGACCCCCACCACGCCGUCAGAGCUGGCUGCCGGGACCCACAGGGUCCGGGACAAGCUCACGGGGUCCCGCCGCAACAUGAAGUCCCCGGGGCCCCGGCUGCUUUCCCCGCAGAAGCGCCUGGCAGCCUCAGAGCGGGGCUCCGCCAGGCCCCUGGAGCCCGAGCUGUUCCUGUCCCCCGCCAACACCGGUGUGGCCUCCCAUCAGUCUGAGCAGACAGUGGACGUGCAGGGCCAGCAGAACAUCAGGGAGGAGGAGGAGGACAAGGAGGCGGAUGGAGAGGAGGAGGAGGAGGAGGACCAGGAAGAGGAGGAAGAGGACGACUUUGGAGACGAGGACGAAGCCCAGAUCUCCCUGGAGCCUUGA